AUGGAGAUGCUAUGGACAUGGCUUUUGAGUAUCUUCUUCAUCUUAACUCUCUUAUGCCUUGUGGGCUAUCAGCUCAUGUGCCUAAUGGACCUCGAAGACGAUUACAUCAACUCAUAUGAUUCAUCAUCUCGGAUAAACCGUACUGUUUUGCCAGAGUUUAUCGUUCAAGGAGUUUUCUGCGUCAUUCUUUUUAUAACGAGACAUUGGUUUAUGCUUCCAUUGGCUCUCCCGCACCUAUAUUAUAACGUCAAUUCGUACAUGAAGGGGCAGCACUUGGCAGAUGUGACUGAGAUCUACAACCUGCUGAGCUGGGAGAAAAAACAACGCAUCUUCAAGAUUGCCUAUCUGUUCAUCCUGGCCAUCCUCUCUCUAUUCGGGUUGUUUUGGAGCAUUGGAGAUGAAUAA